CCUGCGGCAGCCCCAGUGGCCUAAUGGAUAAGGCAUUGGCCUCCUAAGCCAGGGAUUGUGGGUUCGAGUCCCAUCUGGGGUGGGUACUUUUUUUUCCGCACUCCAGCCGCGCCGCUUUCCUGACGUCUGUGAGCCGCCCGUUGUCUCGCGUCUGCAGUUCUUGGGCUUCUUCCUGGGCGUCCCCUUCUGGCUCUAGAGGGACCCGAAGCACCUUUUAAACGGAGAUCCCAGAAACUGGCGGGGACGCGCCCGCGGCCCAAGCCGGUUUCCCGCCGUAUGAUGCGCCUCUCUGUCGGCUCCCGGUGCUCCCGCUCCGUUACCACAGGCCGGCUACGAGGCGUAGAGCCCAGCGCGAGGCGUGGAACGGGCACGCCCCGGCCUCGGCGCUCGACCCCCGACACUUCACCAGCGCCGAUUGCAACGGCGCGGGAGGGCGGCAGAGAGUAGGAGGAGGCGAUCGUUGGCUCGGCGCUCGACUGCCCGCACUGCCGGGGCGCGAGGGCGAGGCCCGGCGGCGGCGCUCGAUUGGCCGGCGCGCCCCGCGCGGCUCGGAAGAUGGCGGCGCUGGGAACCCCGCUGCGCACCCUGCGCGCGCUCCUGCGCGAGCUGCGCCACGCCGCCGGCCGCUCCUAUCGCGACAGCCCCGCCUAUCGGCACGUGCUCGCGGCCUUCCGCGCGCACCGGGUGACCAGCGAGAAGCUGUGCCGGGCCCAGCAGGAACUGCACUUCCAGGCCGCCACCUACCUGUGCCUGCUGCGCAGCGUCCGGGAGCACGAGGCCCUGCACCGCGAGUACCACGGCAGGGGAGAGCGCUCGCCACAGGAGGUCGCCGGACUGGUGGGCUUCAGACUGCCUCAGCAACCGGGAGGGAAGGGCUGAGGCGGGACUGCUGUGCCUGAUGUUUAUUCCUCAAUAAAUAAAUAUGUAUCCUAGA